AUGGCACCCAAAGGCCGUUCGCCGACCUACAUGGUCGUGCUCGCAGCAGCAAUGCUCGACGCAGCGACGGCGUUCCCAGCGCAGGUCCUGAAGACGAGGGCCCCAUCGACUCCAUUCGCGCCGAUUGAUCCUCAGAAUUGGGUGAAUCCUGACAACAUGACUUGGGACGACUUUGUUGCACCACCAAGCACAUCUUGGAGCGACCCUGCGCGCAAGGGAAGGGACCGGAACUUCAACAUCGCUAUGGUCACCGUCGACUACCCGGACUCCCCAUUCGUCGUUACACUGGCACCCAACUCUGAUAUUUUUGGCAACCCUCAACCGCUCGCUGCUGGCUUGGCCCGAGAGGACGUUCCUAAAUUCUACCAUGACUUGCUGAACACGCCCAACGACCUCAACGAGGGUCACACUCUGCACGAGUAUUGGAUGGGUGACUCGUUUGGAAAGUACGGUGUCGAUUUGACAGUCUUCGGGCCUUACCGUAUGCCGGCGAAGAGCUAUCAGUACGGUGUAGACGACGAGGAGGGCGGCUUCAACGAGGAUGCUUGCCCAGAAGGCCCGCCAUGCUCGGUCGACCUUCGAACAGACGCUCUUGGCGCGUGGCGCAGAGAUGUCGGUAACGCUACAGCGGAUGCCUUCGAGCUGGCGUUUAUCUUGUCCGCUGGCCAGGAUGAAUCUUCGACGUGGCAAGAAUUCGGAGAGAUGAAGUUUCUGACCAAAGAGGAUAUUCCUGAGGAGUUUGGCCCACCAGCGAACAGCUCGCUUCCCAACUACGCCAACACCCGCUACGUCGAGUGGACUUCCUGGGCUGCAGCCUCCACCAUCUGGCCCAACGCUGGAGGCGGCUCGUCCACACAGGGCGAGUCGAGUGGUAUGGCCACGUUUGCCCACGAGCUGUCCCAUCUUCUCGGUAUUGGGGACAACUACAACAACCCCUACAGCGUCCCUCCCCGCCGUGCAUACACUGGACCGUUCAGCAUGCUUGACCGCGGCUCCUUCAACGGUCCCGGUGGCCCCCACACACGCUGGCAGAUUCCUCCUGUUCAGGGAGCCUCGAUGGGUUCUCUGCACACUAUGCGUGACAAGCACCAGAUUGGCCUGAUCGACGAGACCCCGAUCCUGCAAGUGUCUCGCUCUGGUCUGGCUACCUCGGGCCCUGUCAUCGCUGAGAUCACGGCGCGCUCCGUCGACCCCGGCUCCGGUCUUAUGGGCAUCAACAUCACCUUUGGUAGUCAAGGCGACCUGGCACCGGCCUGCAAUAUUUCCACCGACGCUCUCUGCGACGGCCGCGGCUACAACAACUACAACCUCGAAGUGGUGGACCGGAUGGGCGCCGACUCCUUCUGCCCCGACUCGGGCGUCAUGAUCAGCAAGACCAAGAACAGCGACAGCGAGCAGCCCUUCCAGUGGGUCAUCGACGCCAAUCCUCAGGAUGCGCGUGUGGUAGAUUUCUACCUGCCCAACGGCACUGCCAGGUACUGGAGCAUCGGCGACUACCGCCAGUUGGUGGACGCGCUGUUCCACGCCGGCACCGACUCUGGCAGUGAGUACGAGCACGUGGAUGAGGCGAACGGUCUGCACUUUUACGUUCUGGACAUGAAGCGCGAUGCUUCUGGCAUUUUGCGCUACACCGUCGGCGUGCGUUCCACGAACGGCACCUCGACGGCCAAGCACGACGUCAAGCUGCGCCAGGGCACUGUAUCCGGCAACUCGUCGUCCAAAGGGCUGUACUGCACGUUCCAGCUGGACAACACGGGCAAGGCUGGCACGAACACGACCAGCGUCCACGCACAAGAUUUGACCGCGUACCUCGGAUCCGACAUCUUCAGGCUGGAGGCCAAGGUCGAGGGCAAGGGUUGGGAAGCUGGGGUGCCGAACGCUCUUGCGCACGCCAAGUUUGGGGAGAGCACGGAGGUCAAGGUUGCUGUGAGGAGCGGGUACGGUGCUGUUGAUCAGGCGACGGUCAAGCUCACUGUGACGAGCGAAAGUGACGCCACGGUCAAGGCGCAGAAGAGCUGCAAGGUGCAGGCUUGA